CCACCUAGAAGAAAAAACACAGUGGGAACAUCCUAAGUCUGGCAAGAGGAAACGUGUUGCAGGAGAUCUGCCAUAUGGAUGGGAGCAGGAGACUGAUGAAAAUGGACAAGUCUAUUUUGUAGACCACAUAAACAAAAGGACUACCUACCUUGACCCAAGACUGGCCUUUACAGUAGAAGAUAACCCAGUAAAACCUACAACUAGGCAGAAAUAUGAUGGGAACAGUACUGCAAUGGAAAUUCUGCAGGGCCGUGACUUGAGUGGCAAAGUGGCAAUAAUCACAGGAGCCAAUUCAGGAAUAGGUUUUGAAACUGCCAAGUCCCUGGCCCUGCAUGGGGCGUGUGUGAUCCUGGCCUGCAGGAGCCCGGCGCGAGGCGAGGCGGCCGUGCAGCGCAUCCUGGAGGAAUGGCAUAAAGCCAAGGUAGAGGCAAUGACCUUAGACCUUGCUUCUCUUCAGAGUGUGCAGCACUUUGCUGAAGCAUUCAAAUCCAAGAAUCUGCCCCUGCACAUGCUGAUCUGCAACGCUGCCGUGUUUGGUGCUCCCUGGUCCCUGACAGAGGAUGGCCUGGAGUCCACCUUCCAGGUGAACCACCUGGGACAUUUCUACCUUGUCCAGCUUCUGGAAGAUGUUCUGCGCCAGUCAUCUCCUGCCAGGGUUGUGGUGGUGUCCUCUGAGUCCCACAGAUUUACAGAAAUUAAAGACUCCUCUGGAAAGCUAGAUUUCAGCCUGCUUUCUCCAUCCAAGAAGGAAUAUUGGGCAAUGUUGGCCUACAACCGCUCCAAGCUCUGCAAUAUCCUGUUCUCCAACGAGCUGAACCGGCGCCUGUCUCCCCACGGGGUCACCUCCAACUCAGUGCACCCUGGAAAUAUGAUGUAUUCCUCCAUUCACCGCAGCUGGUGGCUCUACACACUGCUCUUCACCUUGGCUCGACCUUUCACCAAGUCCAUGCAACAAGGAGCUGCCACGACGGUGUACUGCGCCACAGCGGCGGAGCUGGAGGGGCUGGGCGGGAUGUACUUCAACAACUGCUGCCGCUGCCUGCCCUCGCAGCAGGCUCAGGACAGCGCCACAGCCGCUGCCCUCUGGGAGCUGAGCCACAGGCUGAUCCAAGAACGAGCUGGCAGCCAGGCCAAAUAGCAGCCAGCUCCUGGAAGGAUCAAAACACACGAGUGUGUGCGCGCUCGGAAACUGCCAGCACUGGAACCUGUCCAAUCUUAUCAUCUAGAGGGUUUCCAUGUACCUCAGAUACAGAUUAAGCGGUGUUAAAUGAAAUAAUAGCAGUCACAACAUAGUGAAAAAUGUUAAGUACUAAUGGGAGGUGGGGAAUACUGUGGGUUAAAGGGACAAUGCGGCUUCCUGGGGCUUGGUUAGUCUCGGUUCUCUUUCUUUUGAUUAUAGCCUGUUCAAAGUGUAACCCAAGGAGGCAUCUUCUGUCUUAUUUUAGAAAAGCAAUUCUGCAGAUAAUUUCUGUUGUUUUGAUUAAUGGGUAGGUAUGUAGCCCAAUAUGGGAUUUUCUCCUUAUUUUGAUAAUUGCUGUCUGUUAGGCUUUAGGUAUUGAUUGGGAGAUGGUGGUUGUGUUGAUUCUUUUUCCCUACAAGGAUUUUAUUGGGUGUGGCAAAUCAAAAGAUUAUUGAGGAAAGAAAUCUUUUCAGCCCUGGACUGUUGGCUGCAAGUACAUCUGGGCUGUCUAGAAAAAGAAGGUGCAGGAAGACAUCUGAACAGUAAUGGGAAAGUCACAGCUAAUUAAAUAUUUCUGGUUUUGGUUUUUUUUUUUUUUUUUCCUUAAAGAUUACAAUAAAAGAUAUGUUGUAAACCAUUCCCUAAGUAGUGUUGAGUUAGCAAAGAUGAUGAUGUCUCCUUAAGAACACACAGAGUGUAAUCAGGGGUUUAAAUGGUAUUUCCAUCAAUUUCUCGGUUCACAGUUUUAAGGAGUUUUAUUUCCUUGAAAGUUCACAGUUUCUCAGUUCUCCUGAUACUGUAUCCCAUUCCAAAUCUGUCUUUUCUUUCCAUUUAAAUUCAAUAAAACAACAUGCUUGCUUGAAUAUUGUCA